CCCGACUCGAGGAAUUCCUUCAGCCUCACGAGCACAUCACACUUCCAGAUUCAAACCUGAAACAUCAAAAAACCCGUACAGCUUGUGCCCAAAGAGCUCUGUGUGAAUCAUCAUGGAUGAGGAUUUUGAUUUUGAGCGUCGCAGAGAGUUACGACGACAAAAGCGAGAAGAGAUGCAGCGCGAGGCAGAGAAGAUGAACUCUUAUGAUGAUGAUGAGGAGGUGGCUCGCGAGCGCCGGAGACGAGCCCGUCAGGAACGCCUGCGAAACAUGGAGAAUGAAGAGUCCAGUAAUAUUACAACAGAAAGCAACAGCACAGAGACGCCUUCAUUGAUCACUAGUUCUGAACCAGCGGAGGAUGAUGAUGACCAGGCUCUUCUAGAGAGGAUUGCCAAAAGAGAGGAAAGGAGACAGAAAAGGAUGAAGGAAGCUUUGGAGAGACAGAAGGAACUUGAUCCCACCAUCACAAAUGGAACCGAAAGCACCAGUGCUGCCACAGAGAACGAGCCAAAUACUAGAAGCGAUGAACAAGAGUCCUCCAGAAAUGAUCUCCCUCCAACAGAAACCAACUCUUGGAAGGAGAAGGAAGAGCAAAAAGUGGAGGAAAAGCUAGAGGAGAGAAAUGUCGAGGUCGAGGAGACAGUCUCAGUACAGGAGGAAACCGUGCCAGAGGAACCCAAAGCAUCUCUUGAGGAUAUAAACAAACCAGACGACGAGGACAGACCAACGAGGUCCUACCUCAGAGAACAGGAAUCCAUGGAAGAGAAACCCAAAGAACCAACAAACAAGGAAGAAUCUGUCAGUGCAUAUAUAGAGAUUAAAGAACAAACAAAUACAGAUUUAGCAAGUGCAGAUUUAGAAACGAAAAAGGUAGAAGAGGAAAGUUUGAUACCAGAACCAGCAAAAGAGAACAAAAUAGAGGUGGAAGUCAAAGUGGAGCCAGACACAACAAAGAUUGAGGAGGAAAAGCUGGUGAUGAAAGAAGAUGUAGAGAAACCUGAAGAAAAACUUGUUGAGGUGAAGGCUCAAAUUCAAGAUGAAGCUCCAGUGAAGAAAGAGAUUGAAAAACCUGUGAAAGAGCUAGAAAAACCCAGUGAAACUGUCGAAGAAACACCAAAGAAAUCCAUAAAGGAAAUUGAGGUGAAGGCUAAAAUCCCAAAGAAAGAAGAAGAGAAACUACAACUGAAGAAAGAGGUUGUAGAAAAACCAUCAACACCACUGAAGAAGGUUGAGGAGAAACCAGUGACUCCAAAGAAAGAGGCUGAGGAAAAUUUUGUGGCCCAAAAGAAAGCAGUUCAGGAAAAAACUGUGACUCAGAAAAAAGAGGUUAAAGAAAAAACUUUUACUCCAAAGAAAGAGGUUGAGGAAAAACCUAAAUGGAAGAAAGAGGCUGAAGAAACAAAGGCCAAAGUUGAAGAAAAGGUCAAAUCAAAGAAGGAAGAGGUUGUGGAGGAAAAAUCCAAACCGUCCUUUUUACGUGACCGACUGAAAGUGUCAACAAAGCCGCAAGAUAUACCUGACAGCACUGCCAAAGCCAAGAAACCAGAGAUGGCAUUAAGUCCCAGCAGAUUGCGUUCUCCAGAAACAGAGAAGCAGGAUCCUAUUGCUAAGCUGGAGGCAGAGCGUAAACUGCAGGAGUUGAAGCGCAGGAGAAACGAGAUGGACAGCGAAGCGCUGGAGAAGAUGAAGCAGAAGCAGCAAACAGCCGAGGCUGAGCUGGAGGAGCUGAGGAAGAAGAGGGAGGAGAGGAAGAAGGUCCUGGAAGAAGAGGAGAAGCAGAAGAAACAGCAGCUGGCAGAUAAGAGGGCCAAAGAGGAGGAAGAGAGGAGGAAGAUGAAGGAAGAGAUUGAGAGAAGGAGAGCUGAGGCAGCUGAGAAAAAGAAACAAAAGGAAGAGUCGAAAGAAGGAAGCAAAGCAGCAUUUAUCGCUCCGAAGGGUGCAUCUGCAAAGAUCGGAGAGAAAGCAGAAUUUCUCAACAAAUCUGCUCUAAAAAGCCCGGUAAAGACGUCACACACCCCAUUAGUUUGCAAGAUUGGAAACAGACUGGAGCAGUACACUUCUGCUGUUCAGACUAAAGAAGUAACCAAAUCACCCAAAUCUCCCGUGGAUGUGCCUGUGGCUGAAGGGCUGCGGAGCAUCAAGAGUAUGUGGGAGAAGGGCAAUGUGGUCAAUCCCACCCCGAGCCCUGCAAGCCCCCCUGUGGCCACUAAGGAAACAGCUGGUCUGAACAUUGGUGUGGCUGGACGCAUUAACAGCUGGAAAACCAAAACUCCAGAGCCAAAACCUGCUGAACCCAAACCUGCUCCUGAACCAGAAAAACCACCACCACCUACCAAAACAGAGCAGAAACCAGCUGAGGUCACUAAACCACGUGGUCCAUGGGAAACAAAGGGCUCCACACCUGCUAAGGUGUUUGCAGCCAAGGGUAAAUUUGUGACAAAUGGAACAAGGAAAUAAGGGCGUCAAGAUCGGAUGAAGUGGAAGAGGGUUUCAUAAAAUGUGCAUGAUUCUGCAAGGCCCAUAUUAUAAAUUAAACAGGGUUAAGGAAUUCCGAAAAAAAAAAUUGUGACAUUAAAAAUUUUGAUUAUUAUUACUAUGAAUUGCACAGGCCCACCAAUACACAUUGAAGUAUUAUAACUAGCAUCAAAUAUUAGCAAUAACAAUAUUAAAAAUAUCUGUUAAUUAACAGUUUUCUUUUUUUGUGAUUCAUGGGUGCAUACCUGUCAACAUUGGAAUGUGAAAACAAAGGGGACCCCCCCCCC